AUGACCUCCAAUAUCUUCCACGAUGCUUCCACCUGGCAUACGACAACUCCUCACGAGGUUCAGAAUGGAGGUCCCGUUCCCGACGUGAGUAACGAGGAGCUCGGUCACCAUCCAUUCAUGACAGGAAGCUUUCCGUUCAUCAUGAAUGGCGAUCUUGAUCCAUGGCUCAUGGAACGCUGUGGUUGGAACGGUGGAAUCGCCCCGCUUCCAGAACAAUAUGCAGAGAAAUGGGAUGCGACAUAUAUCGGGAGCGAGGAGAAAGAACAGGGAAUCAGUGAUCCAAGCACUCCCGACAUGAGCCAUGCGGGAUCGAGCCUGUGGGAGGCCGAUCCAGAGAGAGACAAUGUGCGGUCAUGUCUACAUCCAGACAAUGAGAUGUAUUUGCAAGCCGUGAGUGAGACUCCGAGCAUGGCUUCUGGUCAUUCCUCCGGAGAAGAUGAGGAUGACUACCAAACAACUUUGGAGAUGCCGGAUGGUAGCACUCGCAGAACAUCCAACUGGCUGCCGGUGGACCCCCAGGCUGGCUUCACCAUAGGCUCUCGUUUCCGAAAGCGAACCGGUCAUUCAAGCUUCAUGCACUUAGAAGACAUGGGGAACAUUCAAGAAGCCUUCAUUUCACCCAACGCUGCCGGAUGGAAAUACGAUGGUUGA